CCACGGCCGAGUCCCGACCAUCCUGGGCUCCUGAGACAGGAUCCCGAGCUUCUCCGUUUCCAGUUUUGCACUGUGGUCCCCACCGUCCAUCCCAGCUCCAGCAUCAGGGGAAGAGGGGGCCCGAAGCGGGGUGAAAGGUUCCUAGCCUCCGCCCCCAGGCUGAAGGCUUAGACCCCCCGUGUGCCGCCUUGAGCUAUUUGUGUCAAGACUGUACACUACACACGCGGAUACACAUGCAUGACCACAUACGUGGAGGUGUGCGCUCUGGGUUCUCCACGUGUACACAGACACCCAGGCAUGCGCAUGUCUAGGCCUCUGCAAACCCCCGAGCACACGGAUGUGUCCCAGGGAACAGGCGUGCAGGCUGCACGGCCGUCCCUGCGCAGACCUGCCACUUCCGAGUGCCCAGCUCCAGCCCCCAGGGAUGGACCUCGCGGACCCCGACAUCUUCAACAGGGACCCCCGGGACCACUACGACCUGCUUCAGCGGCUGGGUGGCGGCACCUAUGGGGAAGUGUUCAAGGCUCGAGACAAGGUGUCGGGGGACCUGGUGGCUCUGAAGAUGGUGAAAAUGGAGCCUGACGACGACGUCUCUACCCUGCAGAAGGAAAUCCUCAUAUUGAAGACCUGCCGGCACGCCAACAUCGUGGCCUACCAUGGGAGCUAUCUCUGGCUGCAGAAGCUCUGGAUCUGCAUGGAGUUCUGUGGGGCUGGCUCUCUCCAGGACAUCUACCAAGUGAUGGGCUCCCUGUCUGAGCUGCAGAUCGGCUACGUCUGUCGGGAAGUGCUGCAGGGACUGGCCUACCUGCACUCACAGAAGAAGAUCCACAGAGACAUCAAGGGAGCCAACAUUCUCAUCAAUGAUGCUGGGGAGGUCAGACUGGCUGACUUUGGAAUCUCGGCCCAGAUUGGGGCGACACUGGCUAGACGCCUCUCUUUCAUCGGGACGCCCUACUGGAUGGCUCCUGAAGUGGCGGCUGUGGCCCUGAAGGGGGGCUACAAUGAGCUGUGCGACAUCUGGUCCCUGGGCAUCACGGCCAUCGAGCUGGCUGAGCUCCAGCCGCCGCUGUUCGACGUGCACCCGCUCAGGGUCCUCUUCCUCAUGACCAAGAGCGGCUACCAGCCCCCGCGGCUGAAGGAGAAGGGCAAAUGGUCAGCUGCCUUCCACAACUUCGUCAAAGUCACCCUCACUAAGAGCCCCAAGAAGCGACCCAGUGCGGCCAAGAUGCUCAGCCAUCAGCUGGUGUCCCAGCCCGGGCUGAGCAGGGCCCUCAUCCUGGAUCUGCUGGACAAGCUGAGGAACCCCGGGAAGGGGCCCCUGGCCGGUGAGAGUGAGGACGACGAGCCCGAGCCGCCCCCGGCCAUCCCACGGAGGAUCCGAUCCACGCACCGGUCCAGCUCUCUGGGGAUCCCAGAUGCAGACUGCUGUCGGCGGCACAUGGAGUUCAGGAGGCUCCGCGGCGUGGAGAGCAGACCCCCAGCCCACACGGCUCGCCUGCAGCCCCCUGCAGACUCCAAGAGCAGCAGUCCCAGGAGGGACCAGUCCGAGUCCGACGAUGACUAUGACGACGUGGACAUCCCCGCCCCCGCAGAGGACACACCUCCUCCACUGCCCCCCAAGCCCAAGUUCCGUUCUCCGUCUGAUGAGGGUUCUGGGGGGGCUGGGGAUGAGGGGCAGCUGAGCCCGGGGGUGCUGGUCCGGUGUGCCAGCGGGCCUCCCCCACGCACCCCCCGUCCUGGGCCCCCUCCAGCCUCCCGCAGCCCCCACUUCACCGCCUAUUCAGAACCCUCGCUGUGGAACCCAGCCCUCCGGGAGCCCGCCCAGCCCCCACUGCUGCCCCCCAAGAAGGAGAAGAUGAGGAGAAAGGUGAGGCCAGAAUGUGCGCUGCUGGUGAAGUUGUUCAACGGCUGCCCGCUGCACAUCCACAGCACAGCCUCCUGGACACACCCGUCCACCAAGGACCAGCACCUGCUCCUGGGGGCUGAGGAGGGCAUUUUCAUCCUGAACCGGAGUGAGCAGGAGGCCACGCUGGAGAUGCUCUUUCCUAGCCGGACCACCUGGGUGUACUCCAUCAACAACGUGCUCAUGUCUCUCUCAGGAAAGACCCCCCACCUGUAUUCUCAUAGCAUCCUGGGCCUGCUGGAGCGGAAAGAGAGCAGAACCGGAAGCCCCAUCGCUCACAUCAGCCCCCACCGGCUACUGGCAAGGAAGAACAUGGUCUCCACCAAGAUCCAGGACACCAAAGGCUGCCGCGCAUGCUGUGUGGCGGAGGGUGCGAGCUCCGGGGGCCCUUUCCUGUGCGGGGCGUUGGAGGCGUCCGUGGUCCUGUUCCAGUGGUACCAGCCCAUGAACAAGUUCCUGCUCGUCCGGCAGGUGCUCUUCCCGCUGCCGACGCCUCUGCCGGUGUUCGCGCUGCUGACCGCGCCGGGCUCCGAGCUGCCCGCUGUGUGCAUCGGCGUGAGCCCCGGGCGGCCGGCCAAGUCCGUGCUCUUCCACACCGUGCGCUUCGGCGCGCUCUCCUGCUGGCUGGGCGAGAUGAGCACUGAGCACAAGGGGCCAGUGCAGGUGACCCAGGUAGAGGAAGACAUGGUGAUGGUGUUGAUGGACGGCUCUCUGAAGUUGGUGACCCCGGAGGGAGCCCCAGCCCGGGGCCUGCACACACCUGAGAUCCCCAUGACAGAAGUGGUGGAGGCUGUGGCUAUGGUUGGGGGUCGGCUCCAGGCCUUCUGGAAGCAUGGCGUGCAAGUGUGGGCUCCGGGCUCAGACCAGCUGCUGCAGGAGCUCAGAGACCCCACCCUCACCUUCCGUCUGCUCGGCUCUCCCAGGCCGGUGGUGGUGGAGACGCGCCCGGCAGAUGACCCGACUGCCCCCAGCAACCUCUACAUCCAGGAAUGAGUCUCCUGGGGGUGCCGGGAGCCAGUCCCUGUACCCCCCAGCAACAGAGACACUAGUGCUCACGUCGUGUCCUGGUUUCCCAAUAAAUAGGAC